AUGCGCUUCACCUCCUCCGGACUCGUCGCUCUCGGCGCCGCAGCCCUCGUGUCGGGUCAAACAACCACGACGAGCACCGAAACCGGCUCCGUCUCCACCAUCACCUCGGCGACGACCGUUUUCCCGUCUUCCACGACGACCACCGCCACGCCGGCUGUUACCACAACCGCCUCUGUCGUCCCUACCAACGCGGCGGGUAGCAACGUUGCUGGGCUGGAGGGGCCUCUGGCGGGGCUUGUCGUGUUUGCUGUUAUGGCUGUGGGGUUGGUGUGAAUUCGAGGCAAUGGCGGUGGUGGUGGUUGUGAUGGUAGUGAGAUGGGGAAGUGAUCGUCGUGGUGAUGAUAGCGGCAGUAGUAGUGAUGCAAGGGGUUGUAAUGUAUUGUACAUAAGGACAUGUGAAGGAAUCAGAUGUUGAAGAAUUUGUACCAC